ACAUUUUUAGCACAAAUGCGCAUGCGCAAUUAGUUGGCCAUCCGGGAGAUUUUUCGAUCCAAGAUGGCGCCGAUUGGCGAAAACGAAGAGAGGAUGGGUUCGACCGUAGCAGAUGAUGAUGAAAAUGAGAGCCAAACUCUCUGGGCAACCAUCUUGGGAGAAGUUCAGUCAAGUUCAGCAACCAAUUUGCCAUCAACAAAAUCAGUAUUAGUGUUAGGUGACAAUGAGAGUGGAAAGACCACACUUGUGGCACGACUACAAGGGGUGGAGGAACCCAAAAAAGGGUCAGGCCUGGAGUACUACUACAUAGAUGUCAAGGAUGACUACAGGGAUGAUCAAACACAUGCUGGAGUCUGGGUCUUGGAUGGGGACCCCAGUCAUACAGGCCUUCUAAAGUUUGCCAUCACAGAAGAAAACUUUGAAAAUAUUCUAGUCUUGCUUGUUGCAUCCAUGAACCAUCCUUGGUCUAUAAUGGAGUCACUCAACAAAUGGGCAUCCUAUCUGCAAGAGCACAUAGACAGAUUAAAAUUAAAACCAGAAGAUCGUAGAGAGUAUGAGGAGAGCUUGAUCAGAUUCUUCCAAGAAUACACUGAACCAGAUGAGAAUAGCACUGGGAGUCAGGUUCCCUCCCACAGGAGGGAUGUGAACCCCCUUCACCCCACAGCAAGUCACACAGAGGAAGACAAAGUCUUACUACCUCUAGGAGAAAACACUCUAUCACAGAAUCUAGGAAUACCUAUAGUAGUAGUUAUAACAAAGAGUGAUGCAAUCUCAAAUUUAGAAAAAGAGCAUGACUUUAAAGAAGAGCAUUUCGAUUUCAUACAGCAACACAUUAGGAAAUUUUGUUUGCACUAUGGUGCAGGUUUAGUUUAUACCUCUGUCAAAGAAGAAAAGAACUGUGAUUUAUUGUACAAAUAUCUAGUGCAUAGAAUUUAUGGCUUCCCCUUUUCGUCACCAGCAUAUGUAGUGGAAAAAGACUGUGUUUUUGUUCCUGCUGGUUGGGAUAAUGAGAAGAAGAUAAGUAUAUUGUAUGAAAAUUUACACUCCAUGAAACCAGACGACUGCUAUGAAGACGUCAUCACAAAACCUAGUAGUACAAGGAAGCCAAUACAAAGGGAUGCUGAGGUGGUUGCUGAAGAUGAACAAGUUUUCCUGAUGAAACAACAGAGCAUUCUGAAUAAACAACCAGCACCUGGACCUGCUGGGGAGACACCACCAAGACAAGCAGCUCCACCCAGGACCACUCCUCCUCGUACCCAGACCACAAACAGUACUACAACCCCCCUCACCAGCUCUCCAAAGAAGAUGGAGGCAGGAAAGGGAACUCCGACCAGUGAAGGCAUGCUGGCCAACUUCUUUAACAGUCUACUGAACAAAAGUACUGCAAAGACACCAGGUGCCACAAAAGCAGAUAAAGCUGCCGUAUCUCGAGAAGCUGCAGCCGAGUUGGAGCGAUUGCAGAAGUCCAAGAAAAUGACACCAGAAGUUAAACCCAAUGGACCGGACAGUGCAGCAUCGUGAAAAAAAUCAAACACCAUACAGACUGACAACACAAGGGCACCUGCUUCCUGUCUGUAUAUAGAUCUAGGGGGCGGGGUGCCUAUUCUGCUUCAUUUUCUGUGAUGAACCGUAUGAAAAGAUAUAAAAACAUCCAGGGUGGAAAAGAUAACCAUAUGGUAUUCAUAUGAUUUCAUAGGUAGUCGUAUGGUGGGAUUUCACUGAAAUCCUUUUUUUUUGAAGUUCUGGGUUGCCAGACACAAGUAUAAACAUAUGAUGUGAUAUUCAGAUGUUAAUAUUUAUUCUGCACCAAGUCCCAGAAUGGUUAAAUAAAUAAAUAAAGAUGUAUAUAGUCUGUUUGUGUGGAUAAAGAGACUAAGCCUAUAGGUACUUUUGAUUAAGAAUCCUCUCCACAUUUUAUUUAUCAUAGGAAAAGCCAGUGUAUCAUUUUAUUGAAGUAUAUUGUGCAAAAAAUGGGUUGUUCUGUUGAGCUACAAGUGACGUGUUGAUAGCUUUUUAAAGUGCUGUAUUUAUUUAUUUCCAUCUUCAUGAUGAUUUUGCUUUGAGCCACUCAGUAGAAAACUGGUUGAAUUAAUUGUCAAAAGAAUGGCUGUGUCAAUUCGGAUUCAAAUUUUUACAAUUUAUAUGUAAAUAGAGGAAAACUUACACAUAUGCAGAGAUUAAACAGAAAAGGGAAAUAAACAAGCAUCUUUGUUAAAGAGACCAUUCAGGUAAAAAGUUAUGAAUGAAACAUAUAAAUCAUUACUUUUGUUUCUGUAUGUAAUUUUUUUUCUUAAAUUGUGAAUUACUAAAGAUCAAAAUAUUUCCUUGCAAUUAAUUUAUGAAAUAGUGUGUUUGAUCAAUUUUUCCGUAAAAAAGGACAAAUAAUAGGAUAUUCAUCUAUGUCUUCCUUUCAGAUUUGUAAUAUUGUAGUAGAUCAUAUUUGUUUAAGUUGAAAGUUAUUGUUGAAGACAUCCCAGUUUUUUUUAAUUUUACGGAUCUCUGUUGACAGAAGUGCUCUGUUCUUUGAAUUGUGUUGAUCCAGAAGGAUACAAAAAAAGUCCAUUUCCAAUAAUGUACACAGUCCAUAGUCCUGUUGGCAUGGUCCCCUUAAGUAUUCCCUUAAUAAAUGCUUGACAAAUAAUAGUGCACAGAAUAAUAUUUUUUUCAGUAUUGAUAUUGAAUUUCAAAGUUACAUGGCUAUGAUAGAAAUCUCCCAUUUAUUAUUUAAGAGAGAAGUUUGUCUCAUAUCACAUGGGAAGCUAUAGUGCAAUAUUUAUAUACUUUACUACAAUAAAUGUCUAUGUAUAAUGGUGCAGAUGUAUGCGGCAAGUUUGAUAAACUCUAGAUUUUUUUUUUUUUUGUGCAUAAUUACAUUACUGUGUGCUGUAAAUGGUAUUUAUUGUGUAUUGCUAAUGAAAUUGUGCAUUUAUUUGAAGAAUGAAAUUAUGAUAAGGCUGUUUAAUACUUCAAUGUAAACAUAAAGUGUAUAUGUACUUGAUUUCUUUAUAUUUUGUCCAUUUAGUUUGAAAAUUACCAAAAAAAAAAUAUGUUAUGAAACCUUAUAUAAAGAAAUUGGGUUAGUGAUAUAAUUUUUGUACUUAAUUUUUUUUCCUGUAAAUAUAUUUUAUCAUCAUAUUCUUAAAAUGCAGGUUAGCUGCAUUGUCAUUUAAAGAAGAUAAAUGACUCCCAUGACAUUUAAAAACUCUGCAAAUGUGUAAAAGACAAUAAUUUAUAAUAUCUUAGAAGAAACUGUAUAAGGAAUUAAAGCUUUUUCUUUUUUUUCAUAUGCACUUUCUUUUGACUAGAAAAUAAGCAUUGAAAUUUGUAAAAACAUGAACAUUUUUAUGUUAGCUUUUCAGGAGGAAAUAUUGUCAAAUGACUUGAUUAUAUUUCCUGUUUUCGUUUAGACACUGUGUUCGUUUUUCAUUUGUCUUGCCCAAACAACAUUUAUUUGUAGAACUCACGAGCUAGUCAAGUCAGUUUAUAACACUGUAAACUUGUGGAAACUUUUAGAUUUGUAUUUUUUACUGUCACAGCUAGACUUUAAUAUUUUAAGUUUAUCAUAACAUUCCAUGUAAUGUUUCAAAAGAAUAAACAAAGCACCUGAAUGUACUUUUGAAAAAAAAAACAAUAUACAUCCAUAUAAAACAGAAAAGAAUAUCUUUCACAAACAAGCUCAUACUUCUAUUGCCUUAGGCUUUUUUUCAGAUUUUAUGAACUUUGCAUCAUGUUUAAUACUCCAAACCUGUGAACUAUUUGCACUCAGUAGCUUUAGAGACAGAAAAUUUCACUUGUAAUUACUGUAUACAACAAAUAUGGUUAUAUAUUUUUAUGAAAAGGAUAAAAUGCUCUUAAACAUCAAUAUAAUUAAUUUUUUGACAAAAAAUGUUGAAAUAAUGUAGGAAGCGUUUGUGGAUAAUGCAAACCAUCAGACUGGUCACAGGUCAUUUAAUGCAGAGGUGUUUGAUGACCACUGUAUUGGCCAGUUAUUUAUGUAUACGAGAUGCAAAUGAAACCUUUUAGCCUAUUUAUUAAAGCCAAAGCCAUAUUGUAAUGAUUAGCUACAGUUAAUGGGUCGUGGAUUUUGUUUACUUGAAAAAAAUGAAAUAAAUGUUGAAACAUCA